AUGCAUGGAAGAAUUAAGGUCCGGACUUCGGAAGAGGAAAAAGCUAAAAAAGAGAAAGAACGACAAGAAAAACUCAAAAUAUUCAAACAUGCAAUGGCUAAAAUCCAGAACAAGAGAAAGCUAGGAGAACUUGACAAGGAGCAGUUAGAUGUUACAGGUCAAGUUUUAAGUAGCAAUCCUGAUAUUUAUACUUUAUGGAAUAUAAGAAGAGAAAUUUUAAUUGAAUUUAGAAAGCAACUACCUGAAGAAGAAAUAACAAAAUUGUAUGAUGCAGAGUUAAGUCUUACGGAAUAUUGCCUAAAGAUUAAUCCAAAAUCAUACUGCGCCUGGCAUCAACGUGAGUGGGUGCUGACAACCAGAUCUGAUCCUGAUUGGAAAAAAGAGGUUGCUUUAUGUAACACAUAUUUGAAACUGGAUGAAAGGAAUUUUCAUACAUGGGAUUACAGAAGGUUUGUUGUUAGCCAGUGCAAGUAUUCUCUACAAGAAGAAUUUGAUUACACAACAGAAAAAUUACUUGACAAUUUUUCUAAUUAUUCAGCAUGGCAUUACCGAAGCAAAAUGUUACUAGACUUAUAUCCUGACAAAGAAGGAGGAAGGCCAAUACAGGAUAGUUACUACAAACAUGAAUUAAAAAUGGUGCUUAGUGCAGCUUUUACUGAUCCAGAUGAUACAAGUGCAUGGUUUUAUCAGCGAUGGCUUCUAGGUGCUGUUAAAACUGUCACAAAGAUAGUUGUGUCCACAGUUACCCCUUCAAAGACUACUGUGGCUUUUAAUCACACUGUACCUUUGAAGUAUGUUAAGGAAAAUGUGCAAAUAUUUUUCAAUAAUGUCAAUGUAGUUGGAGAAUGGUUUUCAUGUGUUCAAAAACAGAAUGAUGAUGUGUGGAUUCUGAAACAUGACCAAUGUGUAAACGAUGAUCUUAAUAUAAAGGUUGAGCAUUGUAUAAAUGGAGCUGAAAAAGAAACAUUAGUCUUGUCUACAUACAAACCGUCAUACUAUGUUGGAAAGAAUAUAAUUUGUUUUCAAAACAAGUAUUCCACUACAGUACUAGCUGAAUUAAAUGAGCAACUGGAUGCUUGCAGACAAUUGCUUGAAAUGGAACCAGAUAAUAAGUGGACACUACUUACAACAGCCUUCUUUCUAUAUUGUGUAGAUGCUAAAACAUACAACAAAGAGAUUGAUAAAAUUCUACAGAGUUUAAUUGGUAUUGAUAAACAGAGGGCUGGAUACUAUUGUGACUUGAAGUCAAAGUGGAGUAUAGAGAAAGAAAUACAUGAUAAUUAUGAUAAAAUGGAUCUAGAAAUGAAAGUAGCUGUAAAGAAUCUAACAUGUCUACCUCGCUUACAAUAUUAUAGCUUUUGUGAAAAUGUUGACCUCUCUCACCAAAAUCUAAAUGAAAAUGUUUUGCCUAGCCUUAUUAAACUACAGCACUGCAAGAAACUCAACUUAUCCUAUAAUAAGAUUACAACCUUACGCAAAUUUCCUUUAUUUCAACUAGAGGAAUUGGAUUUAAAAGGAAAUGAUAUAGAUAACAGUGAUAUAGAGGAACUAAAAAAUAAAUAUAAAAACAUCAAAAUAAUUUUGUAA